GAUUGUAUCAUCACUAUGGCUUCGUCUAAACAGUUUUAUCGCGACCGCUUGGGGCUAAAUCCAUACGAAGCUCAGCAGAACGGUGGCACCCACAUAAUGCGCGACGGUCAUACUACCGGAGCAGAUUUCAAGACCUACGGAGGAUACGAAGAGUCGCUCUCUAAAUUCAAAGGUAUUGUCUACACUCUCAACAUCUACCAUCUCAUAGACGAGCGAGACGCCAUCCAAAAGAAAACCUUCACGAAAUGGGUCAACAAGCACCUCAAAAAGGCCGGCCGGCAAGUGCACGACCUGUUCAACGACAUGCGGGACGGGCACGCUCUCAUCUCGCUGCUGGAGGUGCUGAGCGGCGAGUCGCUGCCCCGCGACAAGGGCCACAUGCGCUUCCACAUGCUUAACAAUGUGCAGUACGCGCUCGACUUCCUCAGAUACAGACAGAUCAAAGUGGUGAACAUUCGAUGCGAAGACAUCGUAGAUGGCAACCCGAAGCUCACGCUGGGCCUCAUUUGGACGAUCAUCCUCUACUUCCAGAUCUCUGACAUCAUGGUGGGCCAGAAGGAGAACGUUACGGCCAAAGAAGCUCUGCUGCGCUGGGCUCGUCGUACCACGCACAAGUACCCUGGCGUGAACAUCAACAACUUCACCACCUCGUGGAGGGACGGCCUCGCCAUGGUUGCCAUCAUUCACCGCAACAGACCCGACCUUGUGGACUGGCGAGCUCUGCGCAACCGCAGUCCCCGCGAGCGCCUGGAAGUCGCCUUCAGCGUCAUGGACAAGGAGUACGCGGUGACACGACUGCUCGACCCUGAAGAUGUCGAUACCCCAGAGCCUGACGAGAAGUCCCUGAUCACUUACGUGUCUCAGCUCUAUGAGAUCUUCCCUGAGCCGCCGAGCCUCCACCCGCUCUUUAGCAUCGAGGCACAACGCAAGUUGGAGGAAUAUCGCGAGAUGGCGACUGUGCUGCUACGCUGGAUCCAUGAGCAUCUCAGCGUCAUGACCGACCGACGUUUUCCUUCCAACCCCGUCGAGCUGCGCCGACUUGCCCAGGAGAGCACAAGGUUCCGGCAAGAAGAAGUGCCGCCACGUCAGAGAGACAAGAGCAAGUGCCAGCAGCUGUACCGCGACAUCCAGCGUCAGCUGGACGGCACUGGAUUCCUGGAAGAUGAGCUCCCUGGAGAGCUCCAUUACCCGAACAUUGACGCCGAAUGGAACAAACUCAUGGGACUGUUUCAGGAGCGAGAUGACCUCCUGCACGACCACAUGUCCGGAGCGGACCGCCUGCAGCGGCUAGCUGAGAAGAUCAACCGCGACAUCCGGCAGACGGAGAACACCUUGGACGAAGUGGAGACCCGCAUCGACGAGGAAGCGCGCCGCAUGGAUCGCCUCCACCCCGCUGAUGCCAAACGCAACUGCGAUGAGCUGGAGGGCGAACUGCAGCAAUGCGAGGACACCAUCAGGUCUCUUCAUGGAGACGUCAGGGUGCUCAGGGACAACAAGUAUCCUGAGGCUCCAACUCUGCACAAGAGAGUUCUGAAGCUGGAGGAGCGUUACGUAAGCGUAAGGACGCUCUUCGAGAACCGGCUGCUGAUCGUCCUGAACAACCGCUCGUUCAGUCAGCAGGAGUCGUUCACCUCCACCAAGAGGGUGAUGGUCUCAUCCGACGCCCGGUCCGCCGACACCAGCGAGCACUUCAAGUUCUUGCAAGAGUGCAUCACCUGGUGCAAGGAUAAGCUGAAAAAGCUGAACGCCACCGAGUAUGGCAACGACCUGGGCGCGGUGGAGAAGGAAUAUGACAGCCACCAGCGGGAGCACAAGAUCAUCUAUCAGUUCAGCACCAACGUCGACCAGUGCGCUGCCGCUGAGAAGAAGAUUAGUCCCGAAGAGCACCCUGCCUACAUGAACUUGCUGUCCCAGCUCCGCAAAAUCUACGCGGAGUUGUUGGCUCUGAGCAACAAGAGAGUCUCCGACUUGCACGCUCUCCUAGAGUUCCUACAAGCAGCCACUCAGGAGCUCAUGUGGCUCAAUGAGAGAGAAGAGACCGAACUCAACAGAGACUGGACCAACAAGUCGCUCAACAUCGCUGAAGUAGAACGUUACUACGAGUCGCUGAUGGGUGAGCUGGAGAAGCGCGAGAACCAGUUCAGCAGCGUGCAGGACCGCGGCAACCAGCUGGUGAUGGCUCAUCAUCCAGCGAGCAGCACGGUCGAGGCUUAUCUCGCCGCCAUGCAGACGCAGUGGCAGUGGCUGCUCGAGCUCACCUUGUGCCUUGAGACGCACCUCCAGCACGCCGCGCACUACCACAACUUCUUCACUGAAGUCUCCAAGGCUGAGCACUGGAUCCUCGCUCAAGACGAGAAGCUGAACACGACCUACUCAGUGACGGACUUUGGCUUGGACGACGGCGAGCAGCUGCUGAGGGAGAUGCAGGAGAUCAGGGAGGAGCUGUCGAGGUUCCAGGGCACCGUAGAGGAGCUCAUCACGAGGUCCAAGACCAUCGUGCCUCUCAAGCAGCGCCGCCAGACCCUCAGGCAGCCAACGCAAGUCACUGCCAUCUGCAACUACAAGAAAACUGACAUCUCGAUCAGCAAGGGCGAGCGCUGCACGCUGCACGACAACAGCAACCGCGCCAAGUGGCGAGUGGUCAACAGCCUGGGCGCUGAAGGCCUCGUGCCCGGCGUGGUCUUCACCAUCCCGCCCCCCAACCAAGAAGCCAUCGACGCUGCUGAGAAACUCCGCCGCAAUUACGAGCGAUGCAUUGCCCUCUGGCAGAAGAAGCAGCUAAGGAUGAGGCAGAAUAUGAUCUUCGCGACCAUUAAAGUUGUCAAGAGCUGGGAUCUCAACCAGUUCAUUGCAAUGGGCGCUGACCAACGCAACGCCAUUCGUCGCGCCCUCAACGAAGACGCUGAAAAGCUCAUCCAGGAAGGCGACCCCAACGAGCCACAGCUGCGGAGACUCAAGCGCGAGAUCGAUGAAGUCAACAGACUUUUUGAUGAGUUCGAGCGUCGGGCCAGCGAGCCUAAGCCAGGCCAGGCGCUGGUGGAGCAAUGCUCGAGCCUGAAGGACUACCUGGACAUGAUGGAGAAGAUGCUCAUCCAGCGCUGCCUCGCCGGCAUCCCCAGAGACCUGGACCUCCUCGAGCAGCUCGUCAUCGAGCACAAGCAGUUCGAGAACGACCUCUCCACCCACGAACUCGAGGUUGAAGGCAUCCAGAAGAACUACCAGUCCCUGCCACGACGCACUCCAGCCAUCCAGCGCACCGUCGAGUCCAUCACCCAGCAAUGGGACAGAAUCUGGGCCCUGUCCCACGUCUAUAUCGAGAGAAUGAAGUGCGUGGAGAUGGUCGUGACCGGCAUCGAGGAAGGCACUCAGGUUGUGUCUGAGGUGGAGCUGAAGCUCGCCGAGCAUCAGCAUUUGCCCGACGACUUGGACGACCUGCACGCAGCGCACCAGGACCUCGUGCACAUCCAGCAAGUCAUCCAGGACCAUCAGGUUCUGAUCGACAAGCUGCUGGAGGAGUGCCGCAACGUGCGCUCGCUCGUGGUUCGCUCUCGGCCCACGCAGAAAAUCCACCCCGACGUCGACAAGCUCGAGGAAGACGUCCGCAAACUGCGCAUGAGAUGGGAGAACAUUUGCUCGCAGAUCAUCGAGAGGAUUCGAUCUUGCGAAGCCGCUUCGAGCUUGCUCGAGAAGUACCGCCAGAACGCCGAGGAAGAGAAGAUCGAGAUGCAGCGGUUCGAGAACGAACUCAGGAGCCAAAAAAUUGAAGAUCUUGGUCCGUCCGAGGCGGAGCUCGAGGCUGAACGCCUCAGGGAUAUGUACAUACAAAUUGUACAGAAGAAGCCCAAAAUUGAGGGUGUAAAUACAGUCGGUGCAAGGUUCAUUAGGGAAGCCAAGAUGUAUGACGCAAACUUGGCUCAGUACCGGGAGGGACUGGAAGAUGUCCACCCCAGCCUCGAUGCAAGUCUCAAAAAGAACCUGAAGCAGAAAUCCCCUGGGCAAGAAAAUGUUGCACGUGAGCUGGACGCUCUCAACGCUCAGUACCGCUUCGUGGCGGACGAAAUUUACGACAGAAUAGCCAAGAUCUUCAAACGCUUCCAGAACGAGCGCAAAUUCUCGUUCUCGCUGGAGUCGCUUUCGCCCGUCAACCUGGAGACAACUUAUCGCACGGAACUCAACAUCACUGCUAAAGAUAUUGGAGUUCUGCAUGUGCCUGCCGCAUUACAGACGAACGGCCGCGACAGGAGACUUAGCUCACCAGACGAAGUUGAUUUUGAACCUACCAAGCGUAGUCCACUAUCGACUAAAGAAACAACCAUUACAACAACCACCACCACAAUAAUAUCCAAACCAAAAUCCGUGACACUUGAUGGUCAUUUGAGACACCCAGUGACUGGAGAGCCUCUAAGCGUUGCCGAAGCGAUUGCUGGAGGUUUCCUGAUGCUCGCCAAAGGUCUUUUCAAAAAACCUGACACCAUGGAAGAGUUCUCGCUCAGCGAGGCUCUUGAAAGAGAAUACAUUAGCAAGGCUUUGUAUCAGCAACUACACUCGCCUUGUGAUGUGAUCGAUGCUAAUACUGGAAAACCUAUGACUGUGAUCGAGGCCGCGAAAAUUGGAAUAUUUUGUCCCGAAGACGGUUCUUUCAAAGAUCCUAAAACGGGCAAACUUCUCACUAGGGAAGAAGCUUCUAACCUCGGCUCCGUUCUCCUGAGAAAGCAACAAAUGAUUGAAAAAUUCAAGAGCUGCAACGACACUAUCAUUCUGAUGAUGGAGAACCUGAAUGACAUCGAGAGACGCUUGGCAGAGCAGGAGCCUGUCAGCGAGAACGCCAACGGCCUCCGCAACCAGAUCAACCUGAUCAAGGCGAUUAAGGAGGAGCUGGAUGACAUGUUCCGUCCUCUCGGCAACUGCCUGGACAACGUCAGGCAGGUCGUGAGCCUUGGCGGUGACGCGCUGUCCAGAGACGAGCUGGACGCGCUCGACCGCGAAGCAACGUCACUGAAGAACCGCUACGAACGCUGCGUCCAGCAGACAGACGCAACGCAACGACGUCUCACUAAUGCUGCCGAGGAGCUCAGCAAGUACGACAAGGAGACCUCGAUCUUCAUCUCCUGGAUGAAGCAAGCGUCGCGCACCAUGACCGAGAAGGAGCGCCUUUGCGCAGACGUCAGCAAAAUCAAGAACUAUGGCAAGGAACUGCAGGACUUCCUUGGUGACGUCAUCGCUCAUCAAGCCGAUCUCAGGUUCAUCACGAUUUCGUCCGAGAAGUUCUUAGACGAGUCCAAUCAGUUCAUCAACAUCGUGAACAGUUUCCGCAGUUCUCUGCCCGACCGAUACCCGACUCUCCACGCUGACCCAGACUCCAACGUCAAAGCCAACGUUGAGGCGCUUACCAUCGAAUUCAAAGAUCUGCUGUCGAGGGCCAACCGUCUCAAUGAUAAGGUCACUGGAGUCGGCAGCAAGCAGCGCGACUACAGCGAAGCCAUCGAGAAAGCCUCGAAGUGGCUGAAGGAAGUCGAGGUGAAGAUCCAACGCUUGAUCCAAGAACCCAUCGGAGCCGAUCCCAAGAGCAUCCAGGAUCAGCUGGACAAGGCCAAGACUCUAAACAACGAAGUGGUCUCACAGAGCCGUCUUUUCGAGACCUGCCGGCAGACCGCGCUCCAGCUCGUCCGAUCUCUGGACAGCGACCUGGACGCGGCACAGCGCGACGCCAUCUUGCGUCCAGCCGAAGAGCUCUGCGACCGGUACGGCGAGUGCGCGGAGAAGAUCGGCCAGCGCUGCCAGUCCCUCGACUCGGCGCUGGUGCAGAGCCAGGGCGUCCAGGAGGCGCUCGACUCGCUCAUGUCGUGGCUCAACAACAUGGAUAUGCAGCUUAGAACUGCGGGCAAGCCUGCUUCUCUGAACCGCGAUCGUCUCGACGAACAAAUUAAAGAGCAACGCCAACUGCACGCCGACAUCAUGUCGCAUCAGGCGUCCGUCAUCCAGAUGAAUGAGCAAGCAGACUCGAUCCUUCAAUCAUCCAAUCCUCGCGUCGCCAAGAAGAUCGAGACCAAACUGCGCGAGCUUAACUCCAAGUUCGAAAAAGUGGUUGAACGGUCCAGUCAGCGAAGCCGCCACCUGGAAGAGGUAUCCAGUGAGCUGGACGCCUUCACGGUCUCUGUCGAGCAUUUCCAGGAGUGGUACAUUGAGAUCGUCGAGAUCGUCGAAUCCAAGGAAGUCUUGCAGCUCGACACUGAGAGCUAUGGACGCAAGAUCGCUGCCAUCACUCAGCAACGCGAUGCCCGCACCUCUGACUUCGAGGGCAUGAUCAGGACAGGCAAGGAUCUCGUCAACAAGAAGGACGUCACGGAUACCCCGCCCGUCAGGGAGCAGAUCAAGAAUCUGGAGAGCCAAUGGAAGGACCUGAACGACGUCCUGGACGACAGCGCGCGCGCGGGCAAGGAGCGCUCAGAGCAGAUGGUCGCGUACGAGGCGGCGCGCAACAAACUCAUGCAGUACCUCACCACCACCGAGAACAUCCUCGACACCAUGCCUGCCGUCGGCCUCGAGCAGGAGAUCGUUAAGAACCAGACUGAGGAACUCAAGCCGCUGCUGAAGGAGUACGCGGCGACGGAGGCGCUGGUCAACAAAGUCAUGGAGACAGGCGCCAUCUACGACGCCCUCCUGCGGGGCGACCGCUCCGACAGCCCCGGCAGACGACGCUCGUCCGUGGCGCCUGUCAAGCGCACCUCCAUCAGCACGCCGCUCAAGGGAUCCGUACGUCGCGUGUCGCAAGACACUCGCAGCCAGAGCCCCGGCGCCAAGCUGCUCGGCUAUAACGGUACAGGUCCUAUGUCCCCUGGGGGCUUCAACAGCCCCAGCAGCAGGAGGACUUCCACCCAGUCUUUCAUCCUCGAGGAAAUGAGCCCAGUGCAACAGGAGCUGUCGGAAAUGAACACUCGCUACGACAUGAUCGGCAUCCGCCUGAACGAACGGCAGCGCGAGCUCGAAAACGUCCGAGAAGAACUGCGUAGAAUUGGAGACUCUCUCAGGAACAUUGCUCAAGCUAUCGAGAAGGCUGAGCGUGCCUUGCCGCGAGAUGCGGUGCCCACAUCCAAAGAAGAGGCCGACAAACAGAACAAACUCGUCAAAUCUAUCCGUGACGAUAUGAUAGAUAAACAGUCUGCUCUUGACAGCGUCAGAAAUCAAGUCACUGAUCUGCUCAAACGUCGCCCCACAGCGCCUGGAGCUGAAAUGCUCAUGGAUCAGCUUGAAAGCGUCAUGGAGCGAUUCAAGGACCUCCAAAACAGACUCAAGGAGCGUUUGAACUUCCUCAGCGAAAUGAAAGACUUUUUGGACGCUGAGGACAGCCUUAAGCUCUGGCUCAACUCUAAGGACAAGAUGAUGUCUGUGCUCGGGCCCAUCGCAUCUGAUCCAAGAAUGGUGCAAAUGCAGGCCCAGCAGGUUCAAGUCCUCAGGGAUGAGUUCCUCAACCAAGAGCCUAAGCUGAACAGUCUCAACGACUCCGGAGACAAGAUCAUCGGCCUUACAGAGCCAGGAUCUCCUGCCGGCAAGAAAAUCAACGAAAAGCUUGAUGUGGUCAACAACAAGUGGACCGAAUUGUUGGGUCAAUUGGAUUCUCGUGAUGCUGCCCUCAACGCUGCGUGUGAUGCCAGCAAGGACUUCUACGAUAUGUACAACAAAAUCAACGAUAACAUGCAGAAACUUUCCGAUGAUCUGGAUGACGCCAACUCCGGGGGCGUUGAGCCCAGCAAACAGCUUGAAAUCUUGCAGAACGUUGAAGACGGACUUGCUAACAUUCGUGGUCCUCUCGUAAAUUUGGAAGGUCUUGCUGAACAUUUGGUCUCUAUUCUAUCUGACCCUGCAUCAAAAUCCGACAUCAAAAAUAAACUCGGCCACCUCAACAGACUCUUCAGCAACCUGGAACGUAAACUUGGCAACCGCAAAGGUGAGUUGGAAGCCUCGCUGCGUGAUCAGGAAGAAUUUGGCAAUUCAUGCCACGCUGUGCAGGACUGGUUGGCUGAUCAAAUCGCCCAUCUUAAGGAUCAGCUCCAAGUUUCAGCCGACAGAGAUGUGCUUUCCAAGCAAGUCGCCGAAUUUGAGCCUGUGUACAAGGAAUUGAUGAGCAAAGAACAUGAAGUCAUCAUGAUGAUUAACAAAGGGAAGGAUAUCGUUAAUAAGUCUCCAAAGAAAGACAUCAAUAAGAUGCUAUCUACCACUCUUGAUGACAUCAAAAAAGAGUGGGACAACGUGCGCAAAACUGCUGUCGACAGGAGAUCGCGUUUGCAAAAAUGCAUGGACAAUUGCAACAAAUUCCAUUCCAUGCAAGACAGGUUUAACCCGUGGCUUGACAAAGCUGAGCAAAAGGCUAAUUCGUUCGAGCCAAUUGCUUUCAAUAAGAAAGACAUUGACAAGCAGAUGAAGGAAAUGCAAACGUUCAAAAACGACCUUUCUCGCCACAGCGGAGAAUAUGAGAAUAAUAAAUCCGCCGGCGACUCCCUCAUCGCUUGCACCGACAUUGAUCAUGAAGUGGUGCUCGAUCUUCUGUCUAUAAUGAAGGAGCGGUGGGAUGCCCUCAACGCCCUUGCCAUUGGCCGCUCUCAAGAUCUCGACGAAGUUGCGCAAAAGUUGGCCGAAUUCCUUGACAAGUCUCGUGACGUCGGCCAUGCUCUCCAGCGCUGCGAAGACAAGCUUUCUUCUCGCGGCAACGAAAGCGAUCCUAAGUCCUUGGAAAGAAUGAAGGCCUUGUUGGAUGAGGCUGAUGGUCUUGGACAGCAAGUGGAUCAGGUUACACGGAAGGGUGAAGACCUUCUCAAUGCUGCAGAUCAGCUUGGUUCCGACGGCAGCAACGUUCAAGAUGAAGUGGAGAAUCUGAAGGACCGAUAUGGUGAUCUCAAAAACAAGUUGGAAGGCAAGUGCCAAGAUUUGGAAGAAGCUUCCAAUGCAGUUAAUCAAUUCUCUGGUCUAAUCAAGAACGUCGGGCAAGAAAUUACCGGUUUGGAUGACGAACUGGAUAGAAUGAAGCCAGUGGGACGUGACAUUAAAACCGUUGCGGGUCAAAUUGACGAGCUACACGACUACAUGCGUAAGGUUGAUAAGAAGGCCGACGAAAUCGACGAAGCAAAAGCUGUACUGAAAGACUUAGUCAGCCAUGGCUUCACCGGCAGCAACAGCAAAGUGGCUGAAGAUCAAAUCAAACAAUUAGAGAAACAGCUCAAGAAAGUUCAUGAUAGAGCUGAUAGCCGCGACAAAGAACUAGACACAGUCUACAAGAAACUCGAGAAUUUCUAUGAUAAAUUCAGCAAAGCUGCUAACGAAAUCAAAGAAGCUGAUAAGGAGGCUGAAAACUUCAAGCCAGUCGGUGCUGAUGUAGACACCAUUCGAGCUCAGCAGAAGGAAUUCAAACAAUUCCGUGCUCGCCGCAUCGAAGCCUUAGGUAAACAAGUUUCUGAAUGCAACAAACUUGGACAAGGUCUCGUCCAGAGCGCCCAUUCUACAGUUGACACAUCGCAACUCGAAAAGGACCUUGAUGCUCUGAAUGCCAUAUGGAACAGCCUGAAGGACAUGAUUGCUGAACGUGAGAGAGGCUUGGACAAAGGGCUCUUACGAUCUGGUAAAUUCCAGGACGCCAUCGAUAACAUGGCGCAAUGGCUGAAGACUUUCGAAGAGAUGAUGGAUGGCCAAGCUCCUAUUUCAGGUGAAUAUUCUGUAGUCAAGGCCCAAGCUCAAGAGCAGAAGUUCAUCCGCAAGACCAUCACUGACAAGCAAGGGGAAAUGCAGGAUCUUAUUGAUAUGGGACGUAAUCUUGCUGCUGAUGUUGACCCCGCCGAAAAAGCUAAUGUUGAACGCCAACUUCAAGAACUUGUGGGCAAGUUUGACGAUGCAAACGCUCGAUCUCUAGACCGAAUGGAUGCUUUGGAGGAAGCCGUGAAGGUUGCAAAGGCUUUCCAAAAUAAACUCAAUCCUAUCUUGGAAUGGCUCACUCGCAGCGAAAAGAAACUCAAGGCCAUGAGCACCGUUCCUUCUGACGAAGAAAAGAUCCAACGACUUAUAGAUCAACAUGACCGUCUUCAUGAUGAAAUUCUUGGGCAGAAGCCGGCCUUUGACGAACUCACUGAUAUUGCUACCACCCUCAUGAACCUCAUCGGAGAUGAUGAAGGUAAUGCCCUUGCUGACAAACUUCAAGCAACAACUGACAGGUAUGGACAGCUUGUGGAAGAUUCUGAAGCGUUGGGACGCUUGCUACAAGAGUCCAAGGUUGGUCUACGUCACCUUGUUCUCACCUACGAAGACCUACUCUCUUGGAUGGAAGAAAUGGAGGCGCGUCUCUCGAAGUACCGCGUAGUUUCAGUGUUCGUAGAUAAACUGCUUGAACAAAUGGACGAGCUGUCUGAUCUGGGCGACGAAGUUGUCAGCCACGAAAAGCAAGUGCAAGAAGUCAUGGAGUCUGGAAACAUGCUUAUGAAGAACAUUUCCAGCGAUGAAGCCCUACAACUGAAGGAGAAACUGGACUCAAUCAAUCGUCGUUACAGCGAUCUCCACUCUAAGGCGUCUGAUUUGCAUAAGGCAGCUAAUGAAGCCCUUCCUUUGGUUCAGCAAUUCCACAAGGCUCAUGAUAGCCUCAACUCGUGGAUGGGCAAUGCGGAGAAUCGCCUUAAGAGUAUUGACUCGUCUGGACAAGGCCUUCCGGAAGAAGAUAUUGAAGAUCUCGCAAAAGAGAUUCAACAAAACCGUCCCCUCAUUGAAGCUGUCAACCUCGUUGGACCUCAGCUCUGCCAGUUGUCGCCUGGAGAGGGAGCGUCGAUCAUCGAAACCAUCGUCACUCGCGCCAAUCGACGCUUUGAACAAAUUUGUGAACAAAUCCAGAGACGCAUGGAACGUCUGCAGAUGUCGAAGAAGAGGUCAAAGGAAGUCACUCAUGAUAUCGAUGAGCUCCUUGACUGGUUUAGAGAAGUCGAGCAUCAAAUACAGGAAGCUGAACCGCCAAGUGUUGAGCCGGACGAAAUUCGCAUUCAGCUCAAAGAGCACAAAGCCCUCAACGAUGACGUUGCGAGCCAGAAAGGCCGCGUCCGUGACGUUUUGUCCAACGCCAAGAAAAUCAUCCGUGAAGCUGCUUACAGUGAGGACUUAGGCGACAUGAAGGAAAAGAUGGAGGACCUCAAAGACACGAUGGAAAGUGUCUCCAAACUGUCAUCUGACAGAAUGUCUAACUUGGAGCAGGCUCUUCCCUUAGCUGAACACUUCUUCGACACUCACCAAGAACUAGAUGAAUGGCUGCAUGCUAUAGAGAAUGAAGCUCUGGCUUUGACCGCACCCGCUGUGCGCCCUGAUCAAAUUGCUCGGCAGAUUGAGAGGAACAAGGCUUUCUUACAGAGUGUUGCCGAUCAUAAGCCACUCCUGGAUAGGCUGAACAAGACUGGAGGAGCUCUACUGAAGCUUGUUAAUGCUGAGGAUUCAGCCAAGAUUCAGGACAUCCUUGAAUCCGACAACCAGCGCUACAACAACCUCAAGAGUGAGCUUCGCGAGCGGGCUCAGGCUCUUGAAGAUGCCUUGCAGGAAACCAGUCAAUUCUCUGACAAGCUCGAUGGAAUGUUGUCGUCCCUCAACGAAACAGCAAACCUCGUUAAAAAUGCUGAACCUAUUUCGGCUCAUCCUGAAAAGAUCCACGAACAACAGCUCGAAAAUAACAGCAUCAUUGAAGAUCUCGAACGCAAAGAGACUGCCUUUGAAGCCGUGAAGGCUGCCGCUGAGGAUGUCAUCAAUAAGGCAUCUAGAAACGAUCCUGCCGUCCGAGAUAUCAAGGGUAAAUUGGAUCACCUUAACAAGCUAUGGGACAACAUCCAAGAAGCCACUAAACAUCGUGGCAAAUCUCUCGACGAUGCUCUAGCCAUGGCGGAGAAGUUCUGGGACGAGCUGCAGAAUGUCAUGGACCAGCUCAAGGAUCUUCAAGACGCUCUGAAGACCCAAGAACCUGUAGCCGUCGAGCCUAGUUUACUCAAACAGCAGAGAAACGAACUCGACCAGAUCAAGGGUAAGAUCGACAAGACCAAGCCUGAGGUUGAGAGCGUCCGCAGAACUGGACGUGAUUUGAUGACGCUGUGUGGUGACGCCGACAAGCCUGAAGUCAAGAAAAACAUCGAGGAACUCGACUAUGCCUGGGAUAACGUGACGGGACUUUAUGCCAAGCGCGAGGAAAACCUCAUCGAUGCAAUGGAAAAGGCCAUGGAAUUCCACGACACCCUCAGAAAUAUGCUGGACUUCCUGACCAAAGCAGAGAAGCGCUUCAAGGACUUGGGUCCCAUCGCCAGCGACAUCGAGUCCAUCAAGGGGCAGAUGAACCAACUCCAUAAAUUCAAGGACGAUGUCGACCCGCACAUGGUCAAGGUCGAGUCGCUCAACAGGAGUUUACGAAGACAAGCACAGGAGCUGCGUGAGAGAACAACGCCCGACCAGGCAGCCGCCAUCAUGCAGCCACUGGGCGAGGUGAACAGAAGGUGGGACGACCUCAUGAAGAACAUCAACGACCGCCAGAGGAACCUCGAAAACGCUCUCCUCAAGCUCGGCCAAUUCCAGCACACGCUCAAGGAACUCCUCGUCUGGAUAGAACGCACUUCCAAGAAUUUGGAUGAUCUCAAGCCUGUGUUUGGUGAUCCUCAAGUAAUCGAGGUAGAGCUUGCUAAGCUUAAGGUCACGAUUAAUGACAUUCAAGCUCACCAGUCUAGUGUCGACGCGCUAAAUGAUGCCGGUCGCCAGCUCAUCGAGUCAGAUAAGGGCUCCGAAGAUGCCUCGCAGACGCAGAAGAAGCUACAGGAACUCAACAAGAAAUGGGAGAAUCUGCAGGACAAGGCUAUUGGCAAGCAGACGGACCUUGAGAACGCUCUUAGGGAAGCUCAAAUCUUCAACGCUGAAGUCCAAGAUCUCAUCCUGUGGCUCGGUGACAUCGAUCAAGCAAUCUCGGCGUCGAAACCAGUUGGGGGCUUGCCGGAGACUGCAAAAGAACAAUUGCUUCGUUUCAUGGAAAUCUUCGAUGACCUUGAGGACAACAGAUCUAAAGUUGAAAGCACUUUACAGCAGGGUCAAGAUUACCUCAAAAGGUCUCGAGAAGGUGCAGCGACCAACCUCAACCACGGCCUAAGAACUCUUAAGAGCAAGUGGGAAAGUGUCCUCAAUCGUGCAAACGAUAAGAAGAUCAAAUUGGAAAUUGCUCUUAAGGAAGCGACCGAGUUCGAUGAAGCCCUUCAGCAAUUCGUGGCCUGGCUCACGGAGGCUGAAAACUUCCUUCUGAACCAACAACCCGUAUCUCGAAUCUUAGAAAUCGUCAUCCAGCAAAUCGAAGAACACAACAAUUUCAAGAAAGAUGUCACUGCUCAUCGAGAAGUCAUGAUGAACCUCGAUAAAAAGGGAACUCAUCUCAAAUACUUCAGCCAGAAGCAAGAUGUGAUCUUGAUCAAAAAUCUGCUUGUGUCAGUUCAGCACAGGUGGGAAAAGGUUGUUUCAAAGGCGGCCGAGAGAACCAGAGCAUUGGAUCUUGGUCUCAAAGAAGCCAAGGACUUCCAUGACGCCUGGAGUGAACUUAUUGCCUGGCUUGACGAUGCCGAAGAGACCCUCGACGAAUUAGCUGCCAACGUAGGCAAUGAUCCUGACAAGAUUAAGGCCCAAAUUGCCAAGCACAAAGAGUUCCAGAAGCAGCUUGGUGCCAAGCAGCCCAUGUAUGACAUGACCUUAAAAAUGGGCAAGAACAUCCAAAACAAGGCACCGAAAUCUGACGAAGAGACCAUCAAGAACAUGCUUGCUGAGCUCAAGAGCAAGUGGAGCAACGUGUGCCAGAAGAGUGUCGACCGCCAAAGGAAGCUGGAAGAGGCUCUUCUUUUCACUGGCCAAUUCAAAGAGGCCACUGGAGCCCUCAUGGACUGGCUUAAGAAGGUCGAAAUGGGCUUAGUUGGAGAUGGUCCCGUUCAUGGAGAUAUCGACACUGUAAAUUCUCUCAUGGAAAAACAUAAGGACUUCUGCAAAGAGAUGAACAAUAGGAAGACCCAAGUCGACAGUGUCCGCAGGAUUUCUGAAGAUUUACUGGUUAAGGCCACGCCAGAGGACGCCUCCAACAUCCGCGCGCAGAUGAGCGAACUGCUGUCCACUUGGGACGCCGUGGAGCGCGCCACUGAACGACACACCGAGAGACUGCAAGACGCCUGGCACGAUGCAGAAAAGAUGCACAAGUCGGUGCACAUCCUCCUGGACUGGCUGUCGAACGCGGAGAUGAAGCUGCGCUACGCUGGCUCCUUGCCUCAGGACGAGGAUGAAGUCCGUCAACAGAUUGCGGAGCACGAGGCUUUCAUGCAAGAACUGCGUAUCAAGGAGAAGGAAAAGAACGAAACCAUUGCUUUCGCUGAAGAAAUCCUGGCCAAGGCUCAUCCUGAUGCCAUCUCAACCAUCAAGCACUGGAUAAACAUAAUACAAACGCGCUGGGAGGAGGCUGUGUCGUGGGCGGACCAGCGAGACCAGCGACUCCAGGACCACUUCAGGACCUUGGCUGAUCUCCAGUCGCUCAUGGAUGGGCUCAUGCGGUGGCUCACGAGGGCGCAAGAGGAUCUCACAGAUCUCGAGAGCCAGGCUCUGCCUGACGAGAUCCCGCCGAUCUUGGGGCUGAUCUCAGACCACAAGGAGUUCAUGGAUGAGCUUCAGAAGAAGGAGCCCGAGGUGCUGAGCAUCUGCAAGCCCACCAAAGUUCGUCCGUCCGUGUCGCUGCCUGGCAAGAAGAAGAGUCGAGGUUCCAUGGGCCGCGACAGCACCAGCCCAGGCAGGGAGACGUCGCCAGACUUUGACUAUCCUUCCAGACGGUCCAGCCGAGUCUCGCCUUCUCGCGAGCUCACUCCAACCCGAGAAUAUCCGAGACCCUGGAUGUUCGGUGCAAGAGUGUCGCAUGACUGGAGUCUGGACGCGUCCAGGGACUACGACGUCCCGCCUCGUUACCUGGGACGCUAUUCCAACGCAGGCCAUUCCCACAUUCCCAUUCCUGUUUCGUCUAGAAAGUCCAGCAAAGCGAGCGUGCCGCGCGAUGAGAUUCAAAUCCGGAACCCGAAGGCCCGGGAGCUGUGGGACAAGUGGGAGACGGUGACGUACAUGUCGUACGAGCGCAUGCGUCGUCUCAACGACCAACUCAACUUGCUCAGAGAGCUCGAGAAGCUCAAGAACUUCUCGUGGGACGAGUGGCGCAAGAGGUUCGUGAAGUUCAUGAACGGCAAGAAGUCUCGCGUCACUGAUCUUUUCCGCAAGAUGGACACAGACAACGAUGGCAUGGUGCCGAGAGACGACUUCGUUGAUGGAAUCAUAAAAUCUAAAUUCCCAACAAGCAAGGUUGAAAUGGAGGCAGUCGCCGACAUUUUCGACCGCAACCGCGACGGCCUGAUCGACUACCAGGAGUUCAUCGCAGCGCUGCGGCCAGACUGGGAGAAGAAGGGCCCGCUCACCGACUCUGAGAGGAUCGAUGAUGAGGUGCAGCGGCAAGUGAACGCCUGCACCUGCAGACAGAAGUUCAUUGUGCACCAAGUCGGCGAAGGCAAAUACAGGUUCGGCGACAGCCAGAAGCUGCGUCUGGUGCGCAUACUGCGGUCGACUGUGAUGGUGCGCGUGGGCGGCGGCUGGGUCGGCCUCGAUGAGUUCCUCGUUAAGAACGACCCCUGCCGAGUCUGCCCGUCGCUGCCUGAGCUCGAGCAAGCGAUAGAGAUGCAGCAGCAGCACGAGUACGGCUGUCCUAUGAGGCUCAAUGCCAAGAUCUCAGACGCUGGCUUCUCUCGAGGCUAUUCCAAGGGACGUACCAACGUGGAGUUGCGUGAACAGUUCAUAUUAGCAGAGGGAGUCUCCCAAAGCAUGACGGCGUUCAAGUCAAAACCAAGUCCCAACAGUUCGGUUUCCAGUCAGUCUGGAGCUGCUCCUCCGCAAUCCAGGUCCCAGAGCCUCCCUGGUGCUGGACCCAUCAUUAAGGUGCGGGAGCGCACUGCCAAGAGCGCCGCCAUGGGCAGGUCAUCCUUCAGCUCCGGCACGCCGGAGUCCGCUGAUGGAACCUUCCGCCUCCACCCCGGCAACCGCAAGGCCUCCGCACCCGUCCACGCCAGAAGCGAUACUAGCAGCAGAGGAGGUAGCCGCCCUCCAUCGCGUGGUCCAGGAUCGCGUCCCGGCUCCCGUCCCCCCAGCAGGGCGGGGUCUGAGGUGUCCCUCGACUCCUACGACGGCGCACGACCCGGCAUGAGGCGCACGCCCUCCUUCACCAACCGCAACGGCGGCACAAACGGCGUCCAGAGGUCGUCCUCCCUCAGAAAGGGAUCCACCACACCCACGGGCACUUCGGUCAAUGGGUCGAACCUACGAGUACCGACCUCAAAUGCGCGGUAUUUCUCGCCCACGCUUUCCAGUCAAUUGAAAGACAAAGGCGUUAGGACACGCAUUCCCGUGAUGACUUCUCAGCCUGACGGCGAUAGAAGUAACCUGUCCGGCUCAGCCACUAACUUGUCUGUUCCUGGAACGCCUCUCAGAUCACGAACAUCUUCCACCACUAGUCUAGCCUCUAACCCGUCGUCUGCAACCAAGAUACCAACUUUAAGGCCAAAAUUAUCGGCCCCUAGUCCAUCAACAAGAACCUCGAUCAGCAGCAGAACUAGAACGCCGUCAGGAAGCAGCACGGGCGGUCCAGCCACCGGCGGAACACCCACCGGGCCGGACCGAAAAACGGGAGUCGCUUCAGCCAGAAGAAAAAUUUGAAGUAAACAAUAAUUGGUCCAGAGGGUGGAGAUGGGCAGCGAGCUACUCAUCCUUCCCUCAAACUUUCGUGAUUCUCACUCUCGAAGUUCUUUGGAGUUGGUUGGCCGUAGGAGUUUGUUCAUAUGAUACCAAACUCAACCCAAGUUCAUCACCAAAGACUUUGUCAUCAAAACUAUUAUUUUCCGUGCAAUUCCAUGUCUUUGUGACUAGAUAACGUUCAGAGAUUUCUCGUGUUCCAUUGAGAAAUAUAAUGUAUAUUCGUGUUCUGCAAUCAAAUUUCCUAAUACAAUUAAUAAGAAGAGCACUCUAUUUAUCUGCUGGGUUAUUUAUGCUGAUACCGCUUGUUGUAAUUUUUAUUAAUCUAACGCCCAUGCUCCAGCAUUCAAGCCUUUGUUGUUUAGGUUUCUUAUUAUCAAAAAUAUUUCGUCACAUGGAAUGUCAUCUCGUACUUGCUUUACUGAUUUUCGUUCCACGUUUUGUGAUAAAGAAUGGUGAUCAUUAUAGCGUUGAGAGAGGUUAAUUUUUUAUGAUAGCGUGUACAAUUUAAGGCGAAGUGAUUCAGUUCAUAAGCAUUCCGUUCAAAAGUGUAGCCUCGCUCACCAAAUCGUGCUACUGCUGAUGCUGCUGCUGCGAAUACUUCACUAAACGUGACAUUCGCUGUUGUGAUGUCAUGAUCCGUUGUAUCUCGAGUGAUCUUUUAUUUUAGGUUGACAAUUUUUCUUGAUAUUUCUGAGUCGGGGAUCCCAUAUGGUCCUCGUGAGCUGUAACUUGCGAAGCAUUUCUACCUUAUCUAAUAUUUAUGAGACAAUUUCUACCCUAUCUAAUAUUUACGAGACAAUUCUCCACCGGUGACGCUCUGUACAAGCGUCGUUAGUCGGAACUGUUACGCAAUGAUUGUGAUGACUAUAUCCUCGUCAGUUGUAUUUUAAUCGAAUUUCCCUGUGAUUUUUUAUUGUUGAAAACAAUUCGAUGUCAACAGAUUCGACGUACUCAAUCAAAAUCACUGCUUGGCCUUUAAAUUUGUAAUGCGUGAAUUUGUACAUCUUUUCUAAUGAUGGUGCUUUUUUAGUUCAUAAUUCCUUAUAAAUUACGCUUCGUUUGAAAUAGAAAUCAAUUGCUGUUUACAGCUCGAAUAGAAUCGUAUUUAACUUCAAAUUACCAGAGGCGCUAAUGCACACUUUAUUUACUCGUCUAAAAACAACUAAGCUUUAAGAACUAAGAAACUUUGUUCUACAUGUCUUCUAUUUUUCUGUACACUUCUCUGUAAAAUUCUCUGAAUAGCUUUGGAGGUUUGAUUAACUUUGCUGUUUAUUUUAAACGUUGUGAUAAGAUGAACACUCAGGUUAGAGAUAACCCGGGAGACGAGAGAUCGCUUCUGUGCUUGUCGUUCUAGAGGUGAACAAAGAACGCAGCUCGCUGUGUCCUCCACUAAGUUCUGGAGCCUUCUCAUCUUGUCCCCCGCUACUCUCUAAAACUGUGCUACAUUUUCUCAUUUUUUCUCUUGCUUCUCUUCUCGAUCUUUUUAACGUUUUGUUUCUUAUCCUAAUAAACUUUUUUCCACGUUUUGGUGUUCUCUAUUUUAAUAUAGUUUACUAGUGCUUCUUGUCUUAGAAAUAUGGUCUCCAUCGCUACCAUACUUUGAGUAUGUUCUUGUACUCUGUACAUAAGGUAGUAAUACAAACUAAUUGAGAACAGUAUCUAUUUCAUAGCUUUGAAAUCAGCCGUUGUGAGAAUGCUGAAAGCGUUUACAUUGAUAGUAUAUUUUGUAUUUCAAAUGAU